CGUAAUAACAUUAACGUAAUGUUCGCUGUGUCUUUGUUUUUAUCAGGUUUUAAGCCCAUACAUUGUGUUAUGCAAGAAAUCGAAUAUGAAAGAGGGGAAAAACAUUCAAAUAAUUGAAUGGAAAGACUUGGACAAAAAGAAGUUUUACACAAGCGGUCUUAUUUUGAGUGGACUACUUCGUUUUACAAUUUACCCGGCGAAUUUGAUUAAAACAAGAUUGCAGGCACAAGAAGGUAAAACAGCAUACAAAGGUUUGUUCGAUGCCUUUAAACAAAUUGGGAAGAAAGAAGGAAUCAGAGGUUUCUAUAAAGGGUUUCCUAUCAGUCUUCUUCAAGUUGUAGCUGGUCAGCUUUACAUUACAACUUAUGAAGCAAGUAAAGAAAAACUGUUUAGUAACCAACAUAUUUCUGUACAGCAUCUGCUUGGUGGGUUUGCAGCAUCCACUGUAUCACAAACCAUCAUGGUUCCUGUAGAUGUUAUAUCUCAACAUCAACAAGUACUUGGAGCUCAACAAAAGAUGACUACUGUUGAUAUCAAAUCAAAGGACCCUAAAGCGGUUAGACGAUCCAAACCAAAUUUCAUCGGUCAAUCGAUUCGGAUUUCUCAACAAAUAGUGAAUACUGAAGGUUUGCGUGGUUUGUACCGCGGUUACCUUGUAUCACUUCUCACCUAUGGCACCAACAGCGCAUUAUAUUGGUUGUUUUAUUAUCUUUACUCUGAACUAAUUGAAGACGUCUUACCUCAUUCCGAUCAUUCAAUGCGUGAACCCAUGCGUAUAGUAACAGCUGGUCUACUUGGUUCAACAACUGGCAUCAUAUUAACUAACCCGCUGGAUGUUAUCAGGACAAGAUAUCAAUUACAGAUUCAUGGCAAAGGGGAAAGAGCAACUGCUUGGUCAACUUAUAAAUCACUUGUUGAAAAGGAGGGUUAUAAAGGUCUUUGUAGAGGUCUAAGUGCUCGCAUUAUACAAUCAUCAUUUAAUUCGUGCGUCAUAAUACUGGCUUAUGAAUACAUCAAGAAAAUCAGCAGAAAAAAGAAUGUGACAGACUUUGCAACAAUUGCCAGCACAGAUGGAUUGUCUUAUGGUUUUCCUGGUGAUUUACAGGAGUUAAAACGGGAAAAAUCAUAAACAUUUUGAUGAAAUUGAACUGAAAAUUCAAUUCACUGUGAUAGCUUUACUAGAAAAGACAUUCAAACGCAUGCGCGUGUGUUUUAGGUAAUUCUGUGUUCUUAUUUAUUGUCUCCAGUCCUUCGUGUAAUUAAUACCUCUCAGGUAUUUGCAAUUCUUGAAUUAAUUUUAUCAUUUUUUUAAUGUUUACUCCCUAAUGCAAAUCUGUGAAAAGCACUUGGUGUGUUUUUCUUAAUUUCAAAUAAAUGGCAUCAGUAUCGAGUUGGCUUUAGUUAAUAAACAAAAGGGAAGAUC